ACGUUGUGGUCUAGACAAUCUACUUUAAGUACCGUUCGUUCAACUCGCUCAUUCUCUCAAAUCCCGCACAUCACUCUGCGCAGCUUUGUUUAUAACGGCUCAAUGAGGUGGGCGAAUCAGCUCCAGGGGAGCAUUGCGUGAGUGGAUCCACCGCGCUUGCUUCAUUAGGUCUUGAUCGUUCGGUACGGUCUGACCGCACACGCUGUCGUAGUCAUUCGUGGUCGUCGUCGUCGUCGUCGUCAUCGGUGUCCAAGCCGAUAAAUCUGUUGUCUGAUUCGAAGUGAAAGUGAUUAAAGAUAGCGCCGUGGAAUCUGGGAGAAUGUGGAACAAGCUCGUCGGCUUGUUGCUGCUGAUUUCUCAGAUCGAGGUGAAUUUCUCCAGAACCGCAAUAGAAUCGCCAAUCGAAAGGCUUGAACAGAUCUACCGAGAGCAAUUCGAUAAAGAUUAUGGCUGCAAGAUUUCUUUGGGUAAAGAAUUCAACACCAAGCAACCGCUUUUUCUGGUACCAGGUACGGAAACUUUCUACACCCCAUUGCCCAAUACUACAGACCUACUGCUAAACGCUGGGGAACAGCUAGAACUAUUCUGCACGCGUGGCUUUGCAAAUGCGAAAGCGGUGCCAUCCAAAACGACCUCUAUCAUAACCUCAUGUGACGGAGACGACGGGUUUAUCCAGAAUGGAGAAAGCUAUAACAUAACGCAAUUCGCUUGUAAAGCACCGGUAUUCCAUGUGGCGGUCCGUACCGGGGGCCGGUGCUUCAAUGGUGCUAGUUUAGUGAAAAUCGGGUUCGACAUGGGCUCUCGUUUCGGCAAAAUUUACGAAGCUUGUUUCGACGAAACCUCCAUGCAGACUUAUUACGUCAAACACAGUUUGUCUCCAUGGAAUGCCAAGCACCAAUCGACGAAGCGACCCCCGACAUUUAUACAAGGCGAUUUUUAUCCUUCUCUAAGGAUGACCAAACUCUACAACAUAGAAUCCCAAAGGAAAACCUUUGAAAAGAUUCUUGGCUCGGCAGCACGUGCCGAUGCUUUGUUGAACAGCAAACAGGAGCUAUUCCUAGCACGUGGUCACCUAGCCGCUAAGGCUGACUUUGUGUUCGGCGCGCAUCAACGUGCAACGUUCUGGUUCAUUAACGUUGCGCCGCAGUGGCAGAAGUUUAACGCGUUCAACUGGCAGCGCAUAGAGACGGGCGUAAAAGACUUUGUUGCUCGGAAUGACUUGAACGUUACCGUCUACACGGGUACGUACGGUAUUCUGGAGCUUCCGGAUGCAAACGGUGAUAUGCAGCCAAUUUUCUUGGAUUUCGAUCCCGACAACGGGGGACGGAUACCGGUUCCCAAGGUGUACUACAAAGUGUUGCACGACGAGCAAAACGAUGCGGGAAUUGUGCUGAUUGGAGUUAAUAAUCCACACGCAACGAUGGACGAGAUUAAGGAUAGCUAUGUGUUCUGUAAAGACGUUUCCGACCAAAUUAGCUGGCUGAAGUGGAAGCGUGAUUUCAUCCCUGGUGGUUACUCGUAUGCCUGUGAUGUGAACGAAUUUAACGCUGUUAUCAAACAUCUUCCUUUGGAGAAUAUUUCUUAUUUACAUAUCCUCUUUGUAAUGCAAUUCCUAUUUGCGAUACUGGUGCUGAUGGCACACGGUAUCAUGCCAAACCAGUGUAGAUACGCCGGAGAACUGUCUACCAUUACUUUUGAAACGAAGUACAACGAGGCUUUCGAUACGAGCAUUGAUUGCAAAGUGUCACUGAAUGAGGACCUCGAUCAACAUCAACCGCUGUUCAUUGUACCUGGAACGACGAGAUUUGUCACUCCCGUAGCCAACACCACCGAUUUGCAGUUCAAAAAGGGCGACCAGGUAGAGCUGCAUUGCUGCCAUGGCUUUCUUAUAUCGGAUGCAACAACUGCGAUUGUUACCUGCAAUGGAAACGAUAGGUUUCUUCAUCGUGGCAAAGGGUACGAAAUUUCGCACUUGACUUGUCGAGAUCCACUUUUUCACAUUGCCUCAAGAGUUGGAAAACCGUGCUACAACAACGCAACACUCAUAAAGGUUGGUUUCGAUUUGGGAACGCGGUUCCUAACUCUAUACGAAGUUUGCUUCGACGAGAAGAUUCUUCAAACCCAUUACGUGAAGUACAACCUAGCUCCAUGGAACAUCAAACACGAGAGAGCGAAGCGUGAUCAUUUCCUGCAGGGUGACUUUUUCCCGGACUUGGAGAUGGCAGAAAUCUACACUUUUGAUGCGCAGCACGCGACGUUGGGAUUGUUACUGGGUUCUUCAGAACGUGCUAAUUCUCUGCUAAACAGGAGAAACGAAAUCUACAUAGCCAAAGGACGGCUCGCAGCGCAAGCAGAUUUCGUCUAUGGAUCACAACAGGCGGCCACGUUUCGGUACAGCAACGUCGCACCACAGUGGGAAAAAUUCCGAACCUUCAACUGGCAGCACAUUGAAAACGGUGUACGAGCGUUCGUAACGAGGCGUAACUUGAAUGUAACCGUGUACACUGGAACGUACGGAGUUAUUAAACUGCCUGAUGCCAACGGAAACAUGCAACCAAUCUACUUGGAUUAUGACUACCGUACUGGUGGUCGCGUUCCCGUUCCGAAAAUUUUCUACAAAAUUUUGCACGACGAACAGCAUGACGCGGGUAUUGCCUUGAUCGGUGUGAACAAUCCUUACGUUUCGUUGAGCGACAUUGAGAAGGAUUACCUGUUUUGCGAUGAUGUUUCGCGGCGAAUCAACUGGCUGGAAUGGAUUCCCGAUUAUAUUCCAGGGGGAUAUUCUUACGCGUGCGAAGUGAACCAGUUCAACGAUGUAAUUCACCAUCAUACGUUCGACGAGAUAUCAAAUUUAUUGGUUUAGUUGGGAAAUACGUACCAGCAGCACCAAUGAUAGUGAUAUCACGAUUGCACAGGAGGCUUCCACAUUCCGAGUUGACAUGAUUGCUGACCACUAUUAGAGCAGUUUUAAGCUUUGUAGAUCUAUUUAAAGCAUCAUUUCACGGUUUGUGAAUCAAGUGUUUAAGAUAAUGGAUGCAUGAUUUAUAUAAUUGCUAUGUAAUUAUAAAGUUAUGAAAAUAGGCAUUGUUAGUAAUAAAUAAAGACGAAUGAGUAGUGAAAAUUUAAAAAUGUUUAAUUUGUUGCAACCAAAUGACUGAGAAUCUACACUGAGGAUACUGUUCGUAUGUUUUUCAUAGUUUACAUCUUAUGAAUCAGUAACUUUCAUUGUUUUCAUCAUUUCAUAGUUCUCGUAUGCUUUUCAUACUUUGAAAUGUGAAAUCCAUAAGAUUUGUCGUAUGAAAAAUCUCAUAAGAAGCAUCGUAUGAAAAUCAUAUGAUGUGUUAUGAAACACCAUUGCUAAAAAAACAACAAAACUUUUAUUGGCUUCUAACCACUUCAUCUUCCGAAGCGUCGAUGGGCGUAUGAGUAAAGCACGCACUCGCCAACCUUGACGUCCCUGGUUCGAUUCCAGGUUGCGAUUUUUUUUAAUUUGUGCAAAAUAUUUCAUAAAAAUAUGUAUGAUAAUCAUACGACAUAGUUUCAGUUUUUAUACGUUAUCGGUAUGAUUUUCAUACGUGAGUAUUAAGAAAUUUAUACAGUAACAGUAUGACAAUAAUAGUUGGUGCUUUGAAUCCAAAAUCAUAGUUCGUAACUAUGAUUUUCACAAGAAAUUCUUGUGGCAAAAAAUCAUAGUUGAUACGUAUGGUUUUCGGAGUUGCAGUAUCCUCAGUGUAGGUUAUCACGUUGGAGCCCCUCUUCUACUGCACUUCACUACUCCUGAUUACCUUUCCUCCGCUGCUUUCUCGGACUUGCGCGCGAUGGAGGCGCGCAGACACUUUGUCAACCUUCUUUCGGCGGCGAUUAAGAAAUUCGCCACACGGUAUCUGGACCACCUACGUGUCCCGGUCCUCCCGUUAUAGUGACGGAUCGUCCUUCGGCGUGAUCUAUGCCGGACUUCGCCCAGAGCGGACACUUGUACGACGUAGGCAAUUCAGUUUUCUCUUUUCACAAAAACGGCGAAGUUCUGUGGCACAGAGAGGGCAUUACUAUCCGAACAGAAGAGGACGCAUCGCAAUGUCCCGCUCUCCUAGGUCAAAUAGAUAUCAAUGUCCAACCUCGUGCUCUUCGUAACAACUACAUGCUGCGGCUGCCUUUAAACCGGGCGAACUACAACAUGUUCGGGAGUGUUAAUGGGCUGCAGCGUAAGUUCAACAGAGUUUCUUCACUGUUUGAUUUUAACGUGUCUUCGUCGGAGAUUCAGUCUGUUUUUUCAAGGUCUACUUAGUAUUUAUUCCGUAUGCUGCUUUUUGUUUUUGUAUGUGUAUUUUUGAUUAUAAUUUGUAUUGUAUUAACUGACUAUCCAUUGUUAGU